UUAAAACCGAGGUACAUUUGGCGCUGGAUAAACGUCAGAUCGUUUUAAAACGUCGUAGUCGGUGUUCAAACUAUCAAUGGGAUCGCAUAAAACGUAAAAUUCACUUUCUUUUACGCUAUUCCUGAAUUUACUUUCUCUUUUUCUCUAUUUUUCUCCUCUUCUCCAUCUUCUUGAUUUUUUUUUUGUUAAUUCUUAGUUUUUCGUUUUUUUUUCGUUCAUUCAUCCGUAAUUUUUUUUUCGUCGAAAAAAUCAUAUUUUGAUCGAUUUCUUCUUUUCUUGUUUCUGUACUAAGUAUAUCUUCGCGUCUAUAAACUUCUUCUUCGUCGUCUUCGUCGUCGUCCUCGUCGUUCACACGGGCAUAACCGAAACCAUACAAGAUAAAAAUUAAAAAAGUUGAAAUAAAGCUCAAUUAAAAUUUACUUACGCGUUUUGUCAAAACUGAUUUUUGUCAAAUAAAAAAAUAAAAGUUCUGUAACGAGAAUAAAAACGAAUAAGCAGCCAGCCGAUAAUCAUCGGGUGAGUGAAUUGAUGAAUUUUUAACGUGAUAGACCCAAGACGAAAAUACUCACAUCCAUCUUCGAAUAAACCAUUACAAAACUGCAUUCAAAGUGAUAUCCAGAUAACCCGAUUCAACCUACCGAACCAUCUGAGAAAUGGCUGCAUUCGUAGCAAAAGCAGUAGUCGGAAACAAAUUAAACGCGGUCAAAGGCGCCGUUGGCGGAGAUGGCGAUAAUGAUGAAGACAAAGAGAAAGAAGAGGAGGCAGAAAGAGAACGAUUAGAAGCUAUCCGAGAAGCCGAAGAAAGACGAAAAGAAAAACAUAGAAAAAUGGAAGAAGAAAGAGAAAAAAUGAGACAAGAAAUUAGAGAUAAAUAUAACAUUAAAAAGAAAGAAGUAGUAGAAGAGGCACCGCCAGAAGAACCUAUUAAUCCACUUAUGAGAAAAAAGAAAACUCCUGAAGAGCUUGCUCGCGAAGCGGAAGCAGAAGAUGAAGAUGAGUUUACGAAACUCAAAAAUACCAUAGAAACUCAAGUAAACGAGUUAAGAUCUCAAAUUGAGAGUCGUUGUUCAAUACAAUAAUACAUGGAAGAUUACACGUACUUAGUUCAUAAUAUGGUUAGCCUUUAAUACGAUUACGGCUUUGAAUGUUUUAACAAAAAAAAAAAAAUUGAAAAACCACAAAAAAAAUACCCAAAAAAUUGUUACAUUACCUUAUACAUGACAAAAUUUCGAGUAAACAGAAAUCGAAGAAAAAAAAUCAGUCGAAUGUUAUUAUUAAAUAUUGUGAUUUAUUUUUUACAAUAUCUUGUUGUUAUUGUUAUCCUUUUAGUUUUAGGACAAUGUUAUUGUUGAUAAAUGAUUUUAAACAUUAUCUUUUAUAUUAUUAAUAGAUAUUAACUGAUUUUUUUGUAAAGUUACUCAAUGUUGUUGUAAUAAUAAAAUUAGAGCGAUACCUUAAACAAACUACACUAUUCGCUUUUAGACAUGUUUAGGGGUUAGACUGUUUAAUGAAUACUUGCUUCAUGUUUUCUCAUCAUUACUAUAUCUAUUCACUAUACCUAUUUACUUAAUUACACAUUUUUCCCCCUACAACUGUACCUCUACCUAAAUACACGUGUUCCUUCGAGCACCUAUCAAAUUACCAGAAACAUGACUUUCUCUCUUCCCCUGUCCAGAAAAACUAAACUAUCAACACUAUCCUUUACUCAAGCAUGAUUUUUAUCUUUUUUUUUUGUCUUUGGUUGCUCAAUACGAAUUUGUUUUUUGAAGUAGUUGAACAUUCUCCAUCUGCGCACAUACUGUUCUUUGUUGUUGUAUUCUGAAAACAGUCUAAAAUUCAAUCAUCGCUGUACUAACUUUCCAAGUGGUAAUUGUUUGGGAACCACUAUAAACGUAAAAUAAUUAACCAAACGUAAAGAGUAAAAAUUUCAAGUGAUUAAAAAAAGUAUUCUUCAAAAGAAUACGAACGUAUAUAUUUUUUUUUUACCAAAAAAAUGUGAAUUAUCAUAUAGCUCCUGCGAGUUAACUAUACAUUAAAUUUUAGUUAUUCUGUAUCUUAUAAGUAAAUGUCGAUUUUUUAAAAUAAUUUUUGAAAUUUCAAUUUUUUAUGUAUAUAUUUUUGUUUUUGUUUACCUUAUAUAGUGUUUCGAUGUCGACGAAUAAUUGAAUAUUUUCAUGUACCUAUUACCUAUCAAAUAAUUUGAUGCUUCGUCAUGUUUUCAAAGUUUUAUUACUUUUUAAAAUACCUACCUACCAGUUAUCGAAUUGAUUUACCAUUGCAAUAAGUUUCUGUCUUAUGAAGUUUUUUGACACUUCUUGCGAACUCAUUCGAAAAAAAAAAAUUCAAGCACAAAAUUCAUUCUUGAAAAUGGUUGGCCCUUUUUAUACCAAGUAUAUACUCGUACAACGAACCAACAUGCUUCUCGACCCGGUUACCAACUUUUCAAUUCCCAAAUCCACUGAAAAUAAUGUAAAAUUUGUAAUAGGUAAUUUUUGCUUUGAAAAAAAAAAUCUGUACGAAACGAUGCUGUGAUUUCAUCUCUUAUUGCCUUCGACAUCUGCCAAAAUUCUUUCAACUUCGAACUAGUAAAAUGUGAUGUAAAAUGCUGACGAAGAUAUAGUUUAUGUAUAAAAAUCUCUUUCUCUUCUUCCUCCCUGUCUGUCGGUUUGCGUUCUUUUUUUUGUACAACAGCUGUGUCUUUUGUAUAAAGAUUUACCAACGAUAAAACUGUACAUAUUUUCAAGAUUUUUUACCAUGUAUAUCAACCUGGAACUAUACGACAACGAAAAUUAAGUAUACACAACUGUACCUACCUACAAAAGGUCUCAGAAUCAUGAAAUAGGUCAGAAAAUGUAGUAGCCAAUUCCCCCUCCCCCUUUUUUUUGACGAGGAAGUAUGAAAAUUGAACAAGAAUAUAUACCUAUAAUAAGGAUACGAGAAUAAAUAUAAAUAGCAAAAGCAUAAUGAAAUUGUCAAUUGUUUAAAUUGUAGCAUUUAAUGCAACACUUUAUGUACAUAACACUACCAAUACCUAUACCUAUACCCUCGCAAUCAUACACAUAAUACAUAUAAUGUACCCAUCAUACCACUGAAAUUGGCGAGCAAACAAUGAAACCAUCAACAAACAUACCAACAUUAAACGUGUUUUAUUUUUUUUUUUUUAAAUAGGCGAUUUAGAUGUAUUUAGCAUCAAAUAUACAAAAUGUUAGAAUAUCGUAAUGUAGUACUGAUAUCGUUGUUAUGAUAAAAAACAAAUGAAUUAAUUAAAUUUUUAUGUUAGUUAUCAGUUACUUCAAAUUAAAUUAAAUACACCAUGUUGUUGAAGUUUC